AUAUAUUUAGUAAAAUCUGUUGACUGGUUAUUCCAAUAACCAGUCUCAAUAUCAACACUUAGCGAGAGGAUUUAGAGUUAAGAUGGAAAAAUGUUUUAUGUGGUUCGUGUGUGUAUUUCUUUUUGGAGUAUUUUCAAUAGUUGAUGCGGAACGUGGACAGCCAUGUCUUACGCCCAACGGAAACUUAGAAAUAUGUAAGUCAAUCUACGACUGCAGCCACUUUAUUAGAGCAAUUAUAAAACAAAAUCCGUCUGAAUUAAAUUUUAUAAAACAAUCACAAUGUGGUUUCGAUACAUCUUUCUUGGUUUGCUGUGGUGCCGAUGUCAAUUUUGUGACAUCUAGAAACUCAUCUUCUAUACUUAGAAAAAGGGAACUUCUAUCUGUCAAUUCCAGCAUUUUACCAGACCAGGUAUCUAUUUCAGACAGAAAAGUUUGCGGUUAUCAGGGUCAUAUGUCUCAUCUACCACUUGCAACGGGCCUCGGAGCGAUAAAGACGUAUUUAGACGACCACCCUUGGAUGGCUUUACUUGGUUACACAACGCGUUUGGGUAGAUUAAAGUGGGCUUGUGGAGGCACCCUAAUUAGUCACAGACAUGUCUUGACAGCUGCGCACUGUGUAACUGGCGAGGCUGAAGUAUUGGUUGGAAAAGUUACCCACGUCAAAUUAGGUGCAUAUGAUAAAACCGAGGAAAUAGCUUGCGAUAGCAAGGGUUUUUGUACUGAGGAAGCUGUAAUUCUUGGGAUUGAGAGUUUUUCGUUCCACGAUAAUUAUGAUGCCAGUGACAAAACCAGUAGUAAUGACAUAGCUAUUAUAAAGUUAAAUCAAACAGUAGAAUACACAGAAUUUAUUAGACCAAUAUGCCUUCCUGAAUCAAAUAGAGAAUUAAGCAUAUAUGACUGGCUUGAAAUAGUUGGUUGGGGUCUUACAGAUCAUGGCGAAACCAAUGUCAAAAUCAAAGUUAAAUUACCUAUUCGAAGGAGAGAGCUAUGUGUGAGAGCUUACAGAUCAGUAGGACUUAAGCUAAGUGACUCCCAGAUAUGUGCUGGAGGAAUAUACGGAAAAGAUUCCUGCAAAGGUGACAGUGGGGGUCCCCUCCUAGGACAUUUGGAAAGAGAGAAGCCUUAUCAGUGGUAUCAAGAAGGAAUCAUCUCAUUUGGAAAUCGUGAUUGUGGUGUAGAAGGAUUACCGGGAAUCUAUACAAAAGUUUCUAGUUUUUUACCUUGGAUCCAUAGUCAUAUUAGAGAGUAGUACCUAACUUAAAAGUAUGUAAACUAGAAAAGUAAAUGUCUCCAAACCAAUUAAUCAUUUAUGACCAUUUCUAUCAAAAUUUAGUUCUUAGUAAUUUGUUUUAAGCUCAUGAUUUAUUUAUCUUUUAUUAUAAGCAUUCCACAAAUAUUUUGUUUUGAUGUGUUUUGUGUUUAUUCGCAUGGUGUAAUUUAAAAACUACACCUGCGAGCAAAAAAUUGACUCACUCAAUGAAUUGUAGUUUAUGCUUAGUAAUUUCAUGUUGAGUUCUUUGAAUUAAAACAACUAAUGCAACAUAAAUGCUUAUUAUACAUAGAGUUUCCAAAA